UACGGUACCCAUGAAUGGAGAGCACGCUUCUGGUCCAUGGACCCGCAUGUAGUCUGAAAUCCCUCACACCUUCUAGCAGAAGUCACGAGGGUCCUCGUGUUUCAACGGGAAUGCUAAGUAUAAAUAGCGGGAGAAUUCCCCCCCCCCCUGAUAAACUGCACAGUGCGCUGUGCCUGUACUCUUUCCCUCCUUCCCCAUUUUUCUCUGAGCUCGUCAGAGCAACGGAGGAGCCGGAGCCAGAGCCAGAGGAGAAAACUUAGUCAGUCUUCAAGUUUCUCUGCCUAAAAUCCGAAAGGAAACCCUAGAAAUCCAACUUCUCUGUCUGGUAUGCCGCCGAUCCUCUUCUUCUCUUCUGCUCCUUCUUACCUAUUUCAGCUGGCUCGUCGCAAAUACCGUUUGCUUGAAAUCGAGCACUCUUGUGCUUCAAUUCCCCUGCUUCAGCUGGGAGCUCUUAGCGAGCGGAGAAUUUGUGGAGUUCGAUUUCUGUUUGGCUGCAUUGUUCUCGUCAUUUCAGCUGGGUCUUCUGAGUAUACUGUUUGUUUGAGAUCAUUUUAGUCUUUCAGCACUCUACGUGCUGAAAUUCUCUCGUUUCUGCUGUUAGUGAACCGAGAUUUUCUGGAGCUUGAUUUCUGUUUUGCCUGCAUUGUGCUUCUUCCGGCGCUCGUGGCUCCAAGUGUUUAGUCGACUCUGCUUCUCCUGUAUGGGUGUACCUGUUUGUUUUGAAUUUUCUUCUUAGUUUCAGCUUCGAAUAUGUGCUCCUCGCUUCGUUUAUUGAAUGCUGUCCGUGUUUUGAGUUUUCUGCUUCGCGUCGGCGAGCGUUUUACCGGCUGUUUCAGCAAUGCAUUUUUUGCACUCCGUCCGUUUGCUCCGUUUUUUUGAGGGUUUUGACUGUGCACGCCUCUUAGUGGUGUUUGGAUCUAGGCAUCUGUCUAUUUCCCGCUGCGUGAUGCGUCGCUCAGCUUCCAAUGAUCGUUUUCCGUUGCUAUUAGACGAUUAACUUUUUGAGUCUCCUCGUGUAUGCUGAUAUGGGAGAUGCCGUCGUUCUGUGCUUGCUUCUGUUUGGAUUUCUUCCUGCAUGUGGCAAUUUCACUGCUCUUUAAGCUUUGUUAGAGAAAUAUGCAGGGAGGGAUGGACGCUAGCAUGGAUGCUUGUGCUUCUCUUUGUUUUGUCAUAGUUCUUACGGCAUGUGGCAAUUCCUUCUUAUCAUCAUGCUUAGCUAUUCUAGAUUCUGAAUUCUGAUAUAUAUAUAUAUAUAUAUGGUGGCUACUUCGGUGCACUCACUUUUUUGGGUGCAUUCAGUGCACCCACCUCUAAAAGUGGUCAUAAUACAUCAAAUUUUGAAAUUUAAUGGGUAGCAUUAGUCUCAUAUGAUGAUAUAACACAGAAUCACAACUAAUCAACCCACUACCCUAACCUAUUAACAUUCAAUUUUGAAUUUAAACCCAAAAUCCCAAUUGUAAACCCUAACCCUAAAUUUCUAAACCCUUAAUCAUUCAAAUUAAAGUGAAUCUUGAAUGAUUUUGGUACAAAUUCAUGUGGUUCUUGUUCAUCAUACUACAAGGGAUGAUUGACAUCGUUUUCACAUGAAUCGUUUGUUCAGAAUGACGAUUAUAAGGCGGGUGCAUUGAAUGCACCAAAAAAAGUGAGUGCACCGAAGACAUAACCAUAUAUAUAUAUAUAUAUAUAUAGAGCCUGUUCUAUUUUACUAGUCAUUUUGCUGCUGUCACCUUACACCAAUUUCUUCAUCUGCAUUGUAUUCUGCUAUUGAUGCGUGUGAUAGAAUAGCAGUUCAGUUUCUACCAGUAGUUUCUCUUACUGGUCUAUUCCUCAUGUUCUUCUUUUAAGAAUCUUAACAGAUGACUAUUUUAUAUAGUAAUCAAAGUGGUGGUUUCAUGUGUUGCAUGUAGGAAAUUAAUUUAUCUUUCCGAGAAUUUGAGGUUACAGGAGUUUACUGGAGUUUUAUUAUCAUUGUAGAUGUUAUCUUGCUAAUGAUAUCAUAAAUGGUUGUGUCAGGUAAACAUGGCGAAGGAAUCAACUGGAUCACCUCAUUUGCCCGGACCCCCUCCAUCAAGUGCUAAGCCUGAUCUGGUAAUCCAGCGUGUGGAUCAAGCUGACAUUCCGAAAUACUCAAUUGUGAGUAGGAAGGGAGUUGGAAAGCUUGGGCGUCAGAUACCUUUGCUGACAAAUCACUUCAGAGUUUCUGUUGGUGUUCCAGAUGCAGUCUUCUACCAGUACACUGUUUCGAUUAGUUAUGAAGAUAAGAGACCUGUCGAAGGAAAGGGAAUUGGUAGAAAGCUGAUUGACAAGCUUUACCAAACAUAUUCUUCUGAAUUUACUGGUAAAAGGUUUGCCUAUGACGGUGACAAGACUCUAUAUACUGUUGGACCUCUACUGUUCAAGAAGCAAGAGUUCACUGUGGUUCUUGAGGAUUCUAUUGCCAAGGGCGAGCAUGGAAGCCCAUCCUCAAAAAACAAGAGGACAAAGUGUUCUAUUGGCUCGAAAAGCUUUAACAUAGAAAUCAGUUAUGCUGUGAAAAUCCCAUUAAAGCCCAUUGCUCUUGCCCUCAAAGGUAAUGAAGCAGACAUUGGUGGCAUUCAAGAUGCUGUGAGAGUACUGGAUAUCAUACUGAGGCAGCAAGCAGCCAACAGGGGCUGCCUUUUGGUAAGACAGUCGUUCUUUCAUGAUGAUGCAAGAAACUACACUGAUGUUGGGCAGGGCGUAAGUGGCCUUAGAGGUUUCCACUCUAGCUUCCGUACCACUCAGGGUGGUUUUUCACUCAAUAUGGAUGUUUCCACGACAAUGGUCCUAACUCCCGGGCCAGUGAAAGAAUUCUUGUUAGUAAAUCAGAAUGUGAGAGAACUUCGAGAGAUUGACUGGGACAAGGCUAGGAGGAUGUUGAAGAAUUUGAGGAUUAAGGCAACACACAACAAUAGGGAAUUUAAGAUCAUAGGUUUGAGCGAGAUGCGGUGCAAUCAGCAACUUUUUUCAAUGAAAGUGAGGAACAGUGAUGGCACAAAUGGGGAUGCAGAGAAUGUUGAGAUGACAGUUUAUGAGUAUUUUACCAAACAUCGUUCUAUACCAUUAACCUAUUCAGGAUUCUUGCCUUGCUUAGACGUUGGAAAGCCAAAAAGGCCAAAUUUUCUGCCAUUGGAGCUCUGUUCAUUGAUUUCACUCCAGCGAUACACAAAAUCCUUAUCAUCAAUGCAGAGAGCAUCUUUGGUUGAAAAAUCACGACAGAAACCUCAGGAGAGAAUAAGAACUGUUACUGAUGCUAUGAGAACAUAUCGCUAUGAUGAAGAUCCACUGCUCUCUGAAUGUGGCAUCUCGAUAGAAAAGAAAUUGACAUCUGUCAAUGGCCGUAUCCUUGAUACCCCCAAGUUGAAGGUUGGUAAUAGUGAGAACUGCUUCCCAAAUAAUGGUCGUUGGAACUUCAACAAUAAGUUGCUUCUGAAAGCAACGAGCAUUAAGCGGUGGGCUGUUGUCAACUUUAGUGCUCAAUGUGAUACUAGUCGCCUGUCCCGUGACCUGAUCAACUGUGGAAGGAAAAAGGGCAUUGAUAUUGAGGGUCCCAAGAGUUUAAUCGAUGAAGAUCCUCAGCUUAGAAGAAGCAGUCCUCUUGCUAGAGUGGAAAGUAUGUUUGAGCAAGUUAGAGACAAGCUGCCUGGUCCGCCUGAAUUCAUCCUGUGUCUCUUGCCACAGAGAAAAAAUUCUGAUAUUUAUGGGCCGUGGAAGAAGAAAUGUCUAAGUGAUUUUGGAAUUGUUACACAGUGCAUUUCUCCACCACGUGUUAUUAAGGAUCAAUAUCUUACAAAUGUACUUCUGAAGAUCAAUUCAAAGCUUGGAGGGAUAAAUUCUAUGCUGGAAGUUGAACUUACUCGAGUCAUUCCCUUGAUAACUCAAACACCAACAAUCAUUUUGGGGAUGGAUGUAUCCCAUGGUUCUCCUGGUCGGUCGGAUGUUCCAUCUGUUGCUGCGGUUGUUGGAUCCCUCGAAUGGCCUUAUAUCACAAAGUAUAGAGCAUCAGUGAGAACUCAGUCUCCUAAGUUGGAGAUGAUAGAUGCUCUCUACAAGCCUACAGCCAAUGGCACAGAUGAUGGCAUCAUGAGGGAAUUGUUCAUUGAAUUCUAUAAGACAAGUGGUGCCAAACCUAAACAAAUUGUUAUUUUCAGAGAUGGAGUGAGCGAGUCACAGUUUAAUCAGGUGUUAAACAUUGAGCUGCCCCAGAUUAUCAAGGCCUACCAACAUCUAGGUGAGACUGAUGUGCCAAAGUUCACAGUGAUUAUCGCGCAGAAGAAUCACCAUACUAAGUUGUUCAAGGCUGAAGGCACUGACAAUGUUCCUCCUGGGACGGUUGUGGACACAACCAUUGUGCAUCCCAGAAACUAUGACUUCUACAUGUGUGCUCACAAUGGCGCCAUCGGUACCUCAAGGCCAGCACACUAUCAUGUAUUGGUUGAUGAGAUAGGCUUCUCUCCUGAUGUUCUACAGAACCUCAUCCACUCUCUCUCCUAUGUCUACCAGAGAAGUACAACAGCAAUCUCUAUCGUGGCUCCCGUUUGCUAUGCCCAUCUGGCAGCCGCACAGAUGGGACAGUUCAUGAAGUUCGACGAUAUGUCGGAGAAUUCUUCUGAAGUCAUAACAUCUGCAGGAGUUGCUGCUGUUCCGGAGCUCCCUAGGUUGCACAAAAACGUCGAGGCUUCAAUGUUCUUCUGCUAAAGAUGCUCUCUUCCGCCCACCAACCAACAUCUUCCCGUACAUAUCGGCUCCUCUUUUGUAGAGAUUCUUGGCAGAGUACAGAAUGCCAAUCCUAUUUUACAGGAAUACGUAAGGUUACUCUUUUAGCUAGGGUACAGCUCAAUUGCUACUACUACUGAAACCUCUGGCGGUUCUAUAUUUUGACGGAAACAACCUCCCAGCUCUCAUGAAGCGCGGUGAGAAGUUUUGUAAUGUAAUGAAUGGUUUAUUAUGAU